GAACCCUAAAGAAAAAGGGAUGGUAGGAAAAGUAAGGUGGGAUCCUUGCUAGUUCUUUCAGAAGUCCUAAAAUAAACACCACCACAAUGGCACAAGAAAAGAGGUCUUCUGGUGCAGAGUACCUUACAGACAUUACUAGCUAGUGUUUAUUGGCGCUAAAGAUUGCCCAAAGUGGGGACAACUCUAAUGUAGCCACUCCAAGCAAAAUGUCAUGCCAGAAUAAGUAAGCUCCACCACUCUCAACUAUUACAGUUGUGGCAGUUCUCAUUACUACAAGUAAUUGUAGCCUAGCUCACAGGGUGGUUGUAAAGGUAAAAUGGGUGUGCAAGGGGACACAGACCCAAGCUAGCUCCUUACUGAAAAAGUGAAACAGAAAUGUAAUAAAUGAUAAAUAAAUUUCCUUUUGCUACAAUAUAACAGGAAGUACUAAAGCAGCAUCAUAAAUGUUCUAGGAUCAAAAUACUGUCUACUGCCUUAAUUUUACAGGAACAUAAUAUCACUUUAAUUAAGAAUAGGCAAAACACUGCAAAUGCUCUUUUGAGGAGGGUUCCAGAAUCUUAACUAGUGAUUUCUUCCUCAGAUUCCAAGAAGAGAACAAUACAAAUCCCCAAAUCUAAAAUUGUUGAAAACGAAACAUCUUACAUUGAGGGGAUUCCCCUGGCCUAAUAUCCUGUAAAACCAGUGGAACCAUUAUCCUAGAAAUUGUGUGGCAUUUUAUUUCUCAGCACUCUAUUAAACAGAUUCUAUACUUAAACAUUUAGUGUUGUUGAGUCUCAAGAGGACUUAUAGGUGGCAUGGCUCUUUAAUACUAACCAACAGCUUUUCACUUUCAGCUUGGAGCUAUCCAGUUCAUAAAGCAGAGUAAAAACAGCCAUUUUUGUACAUUCCUGAUUAGUCAGGCCUUUUUAAAAAUUUGAAGGCAGUUGGCACCUUAUAUUUGUGACUUAAUUGCUUAUGUAACAUAUAAUGGUGUGAGAAUACAGUAUAUAGAAUAAUAGAAUCGUAGAACUGUAGCCUUGGAAGGGACCCCGAGGGACAUCUAGACCAACCCCCUGCAAUGCAGGAAUCGCUAAAGCAUCCAUGGUAGAUGACCAUCCAACCUCUUCUUUAAAAUCUGCUGGAGUGGAUCAGACCAAGGUCCUUCUGGUUCAGCAUCCUGUCUCCAGGAGUGACCACCAGUCAGGUAUCCCUGGACAGCUGUAAGCUUAGCGUGAUUAUUUGCUUCUGUCUCUCCACCACACCUGAUAGUCAGAAUCUUACUGCCUCUGACCAUGAAGGUGCCAUUUGGGGACGGGGAGAGAUCCCAUCUCCAACCUUAAGUAGAAAUGCACGGGUCCCUUGAACUUGCAAUUCAUAACUGGGUCUUACUGUAUUUCCUUGUCCUCCCCCUCCUCCAGCAGCUACACUGAAAGUUGUUCAAGUAGUAUUCCAUAGAAGCCCUGUAUUCUCUUGAAGCUUUGUAUGUGUGGGCUGACACUUCACAGGUCUACACACCUACUUCCUGCAAUCUCUGCAAUUAACUAAUAGUGUAAAUCCCAGUUUCUGAUGUAACUGAGUCAGCAAGGGCUUGGCACAGAACACGCACAAAGGAAUUGCCACCAGCAAAACACAUGAGUGGCUGAGUGAGAAGGGCAAGGAGUAACACCGAAGGAAUGGUGUUCUAAAGGUAGAGCCGAGAAGAUACAGUGGACUUUUAAACAUGGACACAGGUAUGCUGGGCCCUGGGCUGGAAGGACUUCCUUCAAAAUUCCCCUCUGUCUCACAAAAUUAGAAGAAAGAAGCUCCCCACUGACUCAGAAAGCCUCAAUUAAGCUCAACACGGAGGCCUCUGGCCUCGUUCAUUACACAGUUGGAAGCCACCAGCCUUUUUUAUUGCUUCCCUCACCAUGGACACUUGGCGGAGAGGAUCCAUCAGAUCCUCUGGUUUCUUCAAGCGCCUCUCAUUCAGGAGGCAUAAAAAGCUGGGCAAUCAAGUCACAAUCUGGAAUCAUAACAGCCAAACAAUAGACACCAGUGGACAACAGUACAACAAAAGGGAGCUCCCAAGAGACUUGACGGGAAAGUCGGACUAUUUAUCGUGUCAGAGCGAGCAAAACCUACUCAGCAAGCCACUGCCACCUCCCAAACCACCUCGGCUAUAUCUGGACAGUGCCAGCUGCCCCAAUAUAAUAAACCACACUGAUUCUCCCUCUACAGACAUUUCUUUCCCAAGCACUUCACGUCAUUUCCACAAGGCCACUCAAACACAGCCAGACCUAUUUUAUAGGAACCAAGCCACAAACUGGUGGCUCUCUGAAACCACCUCCUGCUACAGAAAUCCUAUUCGUGAUCCAUUAGACCCCUUUUUUUCUUUCACAUUGGAUUUGGGGCCCUCACUCCUUGACGAUGUUUUGCAGACACUCAGAAACCAGAAUUUACUGUCAGAUUAGCUAGACUUGCAAAUAAAAGCAGAGGAAUUAAUUACACCGAACCACUGGCUCAUCUUCAUUGCCUGUACGCAACCGAGGCUGCUUUUUGUUUUUCUCAAUGAACUGAGAACAGCAGACCAGCUAGCAGUUGAACACAGUAUCUACUUGGAAUUUACUAGCAUUACUGUAUUUCCAUUCAUCACACAUUCCCAAGAACUUCUACUCAGAGUACUUCAUUAUGACAAGAUGCUUCCUACAUUUGGACCAUAUCAGAGAUUCUACAACUAAUGUGUGUCUGCAAAAGGGUGGGUGGUUGUAACAUGAAGGAACUAUAAGGAACUCAUGGAUAUACAAGAGUCUUGAACUAUACAUGACUGAAGUUCAUCUUCCUUUAUGCUGGUGCAUAUUUUCCUCAUUAAUGGGUAUAUUUAAGCUAUUAGAAAGCCAGACCAUUAUUGGAAAGCAAUUAUUUUUCUUUCUAUUUGUCAAAGGGGAAAGGAAGUGUAUAACUAUUGCUUCCACAAUAAGCUAUGAAUAAUCCAUUGUAAAAUGUGAAAGAGAAUAUAUAUUUUAGACCUUAUUAAAAGUAUUUCCUGUA